AUGAGGACGACGCAGAAGCGACAUGUGUGCGUCCUUAUACCAAACAAGCAGCACCUGGACUGUACUGUCAGGGUGAGAGCCAGAGGCCACGAGGUGCUGAAUAGUGUGUUGAAGCAGCUGGGUGUCAGUGAACUUCAAGUCCUCGGUCUGGCUGUUCUCAGAGAUAAUGAAUAUGUCUUUCUUGAUUUGGAGCAAAAACUGAGCAAGUACUUUGGGAAAAGAUGGAGCAGAGGAUCCUUAGCAGUCCCAUUCAUCUUAUUUCUGAGAGUGCAGUAUUAUGUAGAGAGUGGGCGACUACUUAUGAGCAGCAAAGUGCAGCAGCUCUACUACGCCGAGCUGAGGCAGAAGGUGCUGCUUUCCCAGAGCUUCCAUCAGGAAGCUUUGUUCUUCCAGCUUGCCGCUUCUGCGCUUCAAGCUGAAGUCGGAGAUCUGGAGCAGAGAGAGGGGAAUGAUGGAGAGGAGGAAGGAGAAGAAACGAGACCAGAGAGAAAACACAGACAUUACUUUCUUCCUGAAGAUUACUUCCCCUCUUGGCUGAUAAAGCGACGAGGACGAGACUUCCUGCUCCAGCACUGCCCUGUGUUACACUCUGAGCUGAGAGGUGUGUCACGUAGCCAAGCCGUCCUGCAGUUUAUAAAAGAGGCCAGCUGCCUGCAGGAUGGACCAGUCACCUUCUACAGGAUGAGACAGGAGAAAAAAGAGCUGAGAUGUUCGAUUCUUCUUGGUGUGGCAUUGAAAGGAGUCCAUAUUUCUCAGGAGGUGGAAGGGAAGCACUGCCAAUUGUAUGAUUUUUCCUGGACGGAUAUUGACCGCUUCACUUUCCAGGGCAGCAAGUUUGAAAUUGCUGCCGUGGGCUCCCUGUGCCUCCCUAAGCUGGUGUAUUACACUCCGUCAGCCUUCCACUCCAAACACGUCCUGAGGCACCUCAGCGACAGUCACCGGUUCCACAUCAACACCAGAGAUGCAGUCGGCUACAUCCAAGAGCUGGAAGACAUGCAGGCCUGUCAGUUUUACAAAGAGGCCUACAUCUGUGACACAACACGCUUAGCACACAGACUCCAGAACAACAGUCUCACAUCCUCCAUAGGAUACAACGUGUUUCUGCUGACUGUGGCAGAAGUCGAGCUGUGUGUGGACGAACCGGAAGAGUUUUUUGUUGACAACCCAGCUGAGGUCUUGUGGCUGGCUGAGCUGCUCCACGGUGCAUCUGUCGAUGGACCCUUGGUGUUACCCUCCUCUUACUGGGCAGCUGUCACCAUGGAGAUGAAGCAGGUUCUGAGGAGGAGAGCUGAUGAAGGGGUUUCUGUGGACUAA